UUGCAGGCAUCUUUCAGGAGGAAGAAGGAACAGUGUAGGCCACACAGACAUCAUUCUGGGAGUUAUCCUGGCUUGACCGCGAUUACCACCAUCACCAUCUAACAUUUAUAGUAUCACGGAUCGAAUGAGCCAAAAGGGUCGGUUGGCUGCCGGCCCUGGUUAUUCUUCUUAUUGCCUCUCGUUAUUGUUAUUCGUCCCUUUCUGUUAUCGCCAUUUGGCUCUUCUUACUGCUCUCAUUAUUAAUACUGUUGCUCAUAUAUCCGUCAGUGUUAUUGUUGGCCGCAUACUGUCCGACAGUCUCUCCAGUGGAUAUCCUGCGGCGAGUCACCGUUAUGAGUAGCGCUGCUGACGAUGGCGCCGAUGAAGUGAAAGUCUUCCGCAGGAAUGAUGCGGAUGAUGUAGAAACGGCGCAGUCGUCGCAUCAGUUAACGGAGGACAAAAAAGAUGUGGCUCUGGAAACAGAGCUGGAAACAAGGACACCAUCCUCCUCUAUUAUCGGUUCGAAGCCUGGCGCUUUCGUGAAACCAUCGCCUACUUUUCCAACUUUUUCAGCAGCCACUCUAUCUCCAACUUAUGGACCGCUGCCACUGUUUUAUCCAUUCUUCCUACCGAAUCAGGCUCCUUAUGGUUUGCCGUUCGGUAGGAUGCCCAGCGGACCGAUGGAUGCUCGUUCAAUGUCGCCGACCUAUGCAGCAUUCGUCAUGCAACAGGCGGCACAAACUAUGUCACCAACCUUCGAAAUGUAUAGGAAUUUCCCUUUUGGGCCUGCGUCUCCAAGUUCCCUAUUCCAGGGUAGUGGAGUGGGUACAGCUACCCCCAAGGGUAACCCGUUGGCGGCAGCUACAAUGAUGCGCAAUAUGCAAAAUGCGGCUGCAGCGGCCGCAGCAUCUCCGCAUCCACUGAAUUCAAUAAACCAAAUGCGAUUACCUCAGAUGGGUUCACCGAUCACCUCCAUGGCCAGUAACUUAGCCCAACAGCCGAGUAGUAAUUCACGUGGCAGUGCUAACAAUACCAAGACUGCGAAGAGCGAAAGCAAACCGCCCAAAGUUAAGGAGCAGCACAUCAAGAAGCCUUUGAAUGCAUUUAUGUGGUUCAUGAAAGAAAAUAGGCCGAAAUUAAUGGAAGAACUAGAUUAUAAAGAAAGGCAAAGUGCCGAACUCAACAAGGAACUUGGCAGGAGGUGGCACGAUUUACCAAAAGAAGAACAACAAAGGUAUUAUGAGCUUGCUAAAACGGAUCGCGAACAACAUAUGCAGAAAUAUCCUGGGUGGUCGGCUCGUGAAAAUUAUGCGAUCAAUAAGAAGAAAAAACGGAAACGCGAUAAAUCUAUUGAUAAUGGCGAACAGAAAAAAUGCCGGGCUCGGUUUGGUGUUGUAAAUCAGGACCAGUGGUGUAAGCACUGUAAAAGGAAAAAGAGAUGCCUUUGGUAUCGCGAGGCAUCUUCACCAGUUGGAGUGGUUUCCUCGACAACACCAGGAACCCCUGGUACUCCGUCUUCACUAUCUGGACCAGUUGCGGGUGGUGUAUUGAGCGGUCGUGAUACUGAUUCAGAAAAUGAUAUGGAUGCUGCAGCUGCCGCCGCUGCUGAAAGAUCUCGGUCAAUGUUAAACCAGGUACCGAACGAGCAGCAGACCACUCCUCUUAUUUGCUAGUAGUUCCUUAUUGUAUAUUUAUCAUUCUAGGCUGUUGUUGGCAUCUAUUCUUGUUCGUUCAGGAUCAAGAAAAUUUCCCUUGCAUGCUAAACCACACUCCUAUUGAAUAGUUAUUCGCUCUUUGUAGCGCUAUACCUUCACAUCGCAAGAGCAUCGCGAAACGAAAUAGGUCAAAUUAUUACGCCUUGAAGAUCGAUUUUGUCGUUUUCGUUUUCUGAUCCAUAAUGAACGAUGCGAAGGGGUAUAAAUGAAAGAACAGGAUGACAUAACCGAUAUUAGCGUUGGAGCGAUCAGAAACAUUUGAGAAUUGAAAAGAAUGUUGUUGCUUGUUGUUAGCCUUAGUUACAUGCUUGUCCUCGUUUUAAUCGUCGUUGGUACACGGUCUUCAAAGUUUGCCUUAAGCUGUUUUCUGAUGCAAUCACCAUUCAGUGCGCUAAUUGCUCUUCAUUUUCUGAUGAUAAUGUAUUGUAUAGUUUAGUGCCGUCUUUUGUCGUGAGGCUUAGCGUACCCAUCUUAUCAUAGUGUUCUAAUUGGAUUAUAUGGGAACAAUCUAAUCCUAUGGUGAGGGAUAAAUGCACUACAUGUCAUCCUACAGAUGCAGAUGCUCAGUCUUGCCGUUCCUCCAACAAUGAUACAAAAAAUCAAAGCAUAUUUUGGUGACAGGAAACCGACGGUUAUUUUCCAUGUUAUCCAAUUGUAAGGAGCAGUAAUAGAAUGAAAUUGUAGUGAUAUUUACGACGAGAAUGGCAAUGGCUUCUUCGCCAUAAAAACAGGGUUCCUAUUGCAUAUGAACACAUCUUUCAUUGUUCUUGUUAUCGUUAUUAUCAUAAUUAUUACUAUUAUGAUCUUUAUGGUUAUGUUUACAAUUACGAUUUUGAUUCCCAUUCUUACUGUUAUCUCAUUUAUGUAUAAUUCUCAUCUUUCGUCCCUCUCUUGCAUUUCAGAUUAGUAAUGCUUUGUCGACCGGUCAAAGCCCCACUUUAGUGACUGGCGUUUUCGACGACUCCAUGCAUCACAUUGCAUGAGAAUGUCAGGAGGAAAACCAAUUGUAUUUACCUUUAAAAGGUCGAGUUUUAACCUGUUCUCCGGUAAUCAGAGCUGAGCUUUGACAGGUCUAAUUGCAGUAGUUCUCACUAAAAUUAUGCGGGAAGCUUUGAUUUGCGUUGUAUUUUUAAAUACUGAUAUUUUUGUUACGGCAUUUUCUCGUAUUUUGCGCAUUUGCCACUAUGUGGACAGUACUGGGGAACAACUUUCUUCUGCGGCUGACUUUUUUUUCAGAUUUGACCGACAUGUCACUGGGAUCGUUGUUAAACCUCAGCAAUAACAAUUUAAUGAAGUCUGUGUACACAACUGAUGGGAGCCAAACUGCAGUUUGGAACCAUCAGUCACUUUUUUAUCCAGCACAAUAAACAUACGUCGUUUGAAGCAAGAUCGCAUUUAUUAAUCCAUAUUUGAAGUAGA